AUGGCGACUACCAUCCUCGCCCCGACACGGGCCACGGCGACGGUCCUUGAGGUAGAUUACUCAAACAGCAUCCCGUUGGUACAGUGGCCAUCGAAAAAUUCUCGACCUGACCCCAGGCCCCAAAGCCUCCUGAAUCCUGGGCAGACUCUUGGUAAUGGUCUCUACGAGGGCCAGGAUGUUGGUUUGUCCCGACUCAGGGCGAUAACUCUCAUCGCUACUCUCACUGGCAUCACUUUUGUGGGUAGUAUGAGUGGUGGCUUAUUGACUAUUGGUCUACCGUGGAUCGCGGCAGAUCUGAAUCUUCCGGAUAAUCUACUGCUUUGGCCCGCCUCGGUUUACUCCCUUGCAAAUGGAUGCUGCCUUCUGCUAGCAGGUUCAAUAGCAGAUUUCAUGGGCAACAGGAUUAUUAACCUGAUUGGUUGUACUCUACUAUGUGCCUUCAUUCUGGCCUGCAGUGUUGCCGAGAGUGGUAUCCAGUUGAUUCUGUUUCGCGCGUUCCAAGGUAUCGCGACAUCUAUGUGUCUUCCUACGGCGUUUAGUAUUCUAACGGAUACCAUGCCUGCUGGUAAACGGAGGAAUAUCGGGUUCGCCUGCCUGGGUCUUGGGCAACCGUUCGGAUUUUCUGUCGGUCUGGUGUUUGGUGGUCUAUUCCAAGGAUCAUCGCUCGGCUGGAGAUUUGGCUAUUACCUUUGCACAGGUAUUACAGCCAUACUCACCGUGGUCAAUUUCUUCAAGUUGCCCAAGGAUAAGCCCCGCGAGCCCUUCACGCUCCAACGGCUACGAUCCGAAAUUGACUGGGUGGGGAUCGUGCUUUCGAGUUCUUGUUUAGGAAUCAUUUCUUAUGUUUUUGCCGUUAUCACCGAUAAUCCUUCGAAUAUUCAUCGCCCCGAGAACAUUUCCUUGCUAUGUUCCGCAACCGCCAUGAUUCCUGCUUUCCUAGGCUGGAUGAGCUGGCGAGAGAAGAACGGGAAAUCGGCUUUGAUCCCUAACUCUCUGUGGAAGAAUACUGCUUUUGCGUCGAUCUGUGUCAUGGUUCUUCUGUCCUGGGCUGUUCUGAACGGCACUGAAACGAUUCUGAGUCUCUUCUUUCAAGAGGUCCAGGAACUAUCCGCAAUCCAGGCCGCUCUUCGAUUCUUACCAAAUGUCCUUAUUGGCAUUGUGUUGAACCUCGGAACUGGACUCCUAGUGCACCGCCUCCAUGCCAACUAUCUAGUUCUCGUCACGACAGUCCUCAGCGCUGGGUCUCCAUUGCUUUUGGCAAUCAUUGAUCCACAAUGGUCAUGGUGGUAUUGUGCUUUUUGGGCUGUCCUUCUGGGUCCUCUAUCGGCUGACGUAAUUUUCACGGUCGCUAACUUGAUUAUUGCCGAUUCCUUCAGUGCGAAGACCCAAGGUCUCGCUGGUGCCGUAUUCAACACGAUCGCACAGUUCGGAACGUCCAUUGGACUUACAGCUUUUGCUAUUAUCUCGGCAAGCGUCACGCAGGAUUCGGAUUAUACUGAUAAGAGCUCACCUGGUGCUUUGAUGGCUGGCUACCGUGCUGUCUUUUGGACUUGCUUUGGUUUGAUGAUGCUUGCCUCUGGCAUCGGUGCUUGGGGGCUACGAAAGGUGGGUAAGGUUGGCCUCAAACAAGAGUAA